AAUUUAGAAACGAAAUCUGACAGUUGUAGCCGUUAAAUGUUUUGAGUUUGGUGCAUCAAUAUAUUAUAAUAUUUUUAAACUCAGUAAAGUGUUUCAUAAUUAUUAUUGAGGUAGAAUAUGGAACUUUAAUUCUAUUUAAUUGUUACAAAACUACUGGAUUUGUUGUACGAUACAAUAUGGGAGGGAACAUAAGUAAAUCAAGCACUGCGACGGCUGCACUCACGCAAAAAAACGACUUGGACAAGGACACUAGUAAUAACUCCGAUCCUCGAUCUCCAACGCCUGAAAUAACUCGGACUCCUCUACAGAAUAAGAAUGGAGCCAAGCAUAACAUAACGAAGAAUGUUGAUUUGCGGAAGACUUUUGAAAAUGGUAAAACAGAAGAAAAACUUAUACACAACAAUCCCAUUUUAUCAGCUGUUAUUAAAAACCACUUGCAAUCUUAUGAUCCUCGUUCUCCAACUCAAGAUUUCGAAAGAACACCUAUAGUCCUUUCAUCUAAAAUUGAAGACAAUCAAAAACUAAUUAAAGAAAAUAACAACUUUGGGAGUCCGUGCCUCAAUAAUGAUACUAUGGAAAAUAAUAAUUAUGAUUCUUCCUUUGAGAUUAAUGAUGCUAAACCAAGCUUAGCAGUGCCCAAAAACUUGUGUGAUGGUUUUUAUGACAUGACAUUAAAUGGAACACUAAAUGAGACUGAAGAGCCUUUAGGGUCUUCUACUGCUUCCAAUGAAGUUAUUCAGAAUAAUAUAUCCAAGGAAUGUGCAGAGCCAUCACAACUUUUAGAAACAGACUUUGAAUACAUAGAAACUGGAACCGAAACAUUUGAAGAUAUUGAAGAGCAUAUUGAGAUUAACAACAAAGAUUAUGAAACACCAGACUAUGAUGUUAAAAAUGUUCCACUCUUUAAGAUUCUACAAGAAGAUCCUAGGUCCCCAAGUAUUGGUAUAGAGCGAACUCCAAUAGUAGUCUCCAAAAUUGAAGAUGUAAGCGAAGAAAAUGUUGAAGAAAUGUCAGAUGACUCUCUCCUAAAAGUAUUGCAGACCACAAAAUCAGAGCCUCAACAGAAAGAGGAUCAAGACGGAAUUUUAAUAUAUGAGGAUGAAUCCAUCACUCUUGACAAGACACCAAAAAAAUCAAAGUCAGCUAGCAACAGUGGAUCCAGAACUCCUUUAUCUUGCAUGAAAAAUAAAGCUGACUCAACACAUGCUAGAUCCAAAUCUACUAACACACUUUAUGACUCUAUAAACCAAAAAGUGACUAAGUCACAGAAAAGAAUUUCACACAUUCCAAGACUCAAAUCCUUGACGAAACAGUCUUCUUACAUUGGUUCAGAGAGUAGCCUUUCAUUGAAAAAUAUCUCAAAGACAAUGGCUAUUAGUGGUGAUUGUGAAAACACACCACCCCACUCGCAUCGUGAUAGAUGGGACAAAGACAAUAGUAUUGUUCUGUGAGUUUUUGAUAUGCUUCGCCAUAUUAUAAUAUUUAAUAGUUCAUCUAGCAAUGGUGCGUCUGCUAGAUACCUAAACCAGCAUUUUAUUUUUCUUUAUUGAAUUGUUUUAAUGUUAAUUAUUAUCCAUAUAAUUCAUGAUAAUUUGUGAUUGUAUGAUAUGUUAGAUAAAUUCUAUGUAAGUGAUGUGUAAUAUCAAAAUCGUGACAUUGAACAUUGUUUUAGUUAUAAUUGUAUUGACAAUAAAUAUUUC